AUGGAGAAGCAGGAUCUUCCUCCUACUGCAUAUGACCCGUUUGGGUCGGAGGAGACAGCUGAGGUGCAUUAUAAGACGCUAAGUUGGUGGCAAAGCGGAAUGCUGAUGAUUGCCGAAACCGUCUCCCUGGGUGUCCUGUCUAUCCCAGCAACCCUGGCAUCUAUAGGCCUCGUCCCUGGCAUCAUCCUGAUCGUCGGCCUAGGGAUCAUCUCCACCUACUCCGGCUACGUUAUCGGCCAGUUCAGACAGCGCUACCCCUCGAUUCACAGCAUGGCCGACGCCGCAGAUGUCAUGCUCGGGCCGUGGGGUCGCGAGAUCUUCGGGGUGGCCCAGCUGAUCUUUUUCCUCUUUGCGACAGCCAGCCACAUCCUCACCUUUACUGUCAUGAUGAACACUCUCACGAACCAUGGCACCUGUUCCCUGGUAUUUGGUGUUGUGGGCUUGAUCCUGUCCUUCCUGUGUUCCCUUCCGCGAACCAUGAAGAAUGUCUCCGCCUUCGCUGUCGUUUCCUUCCUGAGCAUCUUCGUGUCCGUCGUCAUCACAAUGGUCGGCGUCGGCGUCGAGAACCCCGGCAACGGCAAAAUGGAAAUCACCAAAGCCACCAGUUUUGUCAACGCCUUCACGGCAGUCACCAAUAUCGUCUUCGCCUACUGCGGCCACGCCGCCUUCUUCGGCUUCAUCGCCGAGAUGAAAGACCCCCGCGAAUUCCCCAAGUCCCUCGCCAUGUUGCAGGGCUUCGAAAUCGUCUUCUACACCAUCGCCGCGGCCGUCAUCUACCGGUAUGCCGGACAGGAUGUCGCGUCACCGGCGCUGGGCUCCACGGGGCCUAUUCUGCAGAAGGUCGCUUAUGGAAUUGCCAUUCCUACUAUCGUGAUCGCAGGUGUGAUCAACGGCCACGUGGCUAUCAAAAACGUCUACGUGCGCCUUUUCCGCGGCACAGACCUCAUGCACCAGCGGAGUCUGCGGGCGACAGGAUCGUGGAUCGCGCUGGCGCUGACGUUCUGGAUUAUCUCGUGGAUUAUCGCGGAAGCGAUUCCCGUAUUUAACAAUUUGCUGAGUCUAAUCAGCGCACUCUUUGCGAGCUGGUUCUCGUUCGGCCUCAGCGGUAUCUUCGGUCUCUACAUGACCUGGGGACAACUUUUUACCUCCCCGAAGAGGAUUCUCCUCACCAUCGCCAAUGUCCUGCUCAUUGGGAUUGGUACGACGAUAUGCGUCUGCGGUCUCUGGGUGUCGGGCGUUGCAAUCCACAACGACGCCUCGAAGAGCAGUUUCUCCUGCGCGAAUAACGCCUAA